AUGGCUCCAGUUGAGCAGCGUCUGUGUCUCCUGCUCUUGCUAACCUGCUGCUGCUCCUUGGCGGAGGCACAGUUUUUUGGCUGGCUCUGGGGGAGCCCAAAAAACCCCAAGGUAACGACCCUGCCCCCCACAGAGAGCCCCGCUACGGAGGGACAGACGGCGGAACUGCUUACCUCUCCUGUGGCCACCACGACACAGGCUGCUGGGCCAGCGACCGCACAGCCAGGGGACCGAGUAUGGAGCACACUCUCCGUCACGAGGCAGGCAACAGCCAUGGACACCGCUGUCCCCGCUCUGGUACCACCUGCCAUGCCCCAGGGCAAAGAGGAGAACAUUGCGGGGGUGGGGGCUGAGAUCCUGGACGUAGCAGAGGGCAUCAGGAGCCUGGUCCACCUGUGGGAUGAGAGGACCAACCAGAGGACCGGGAACACAGGGGAGCCCACAGCCGCUGCUCCUCUGACAACCCCUCACACCAGCCUGGCUGCUGUAAGCUCUGCAACGGGGCUGGCUGGCCGUGGGAACAUGACUGCCAACUUGACAGGGGAUGGCCACAGCCUGCUCGGGACCGGGCAGCCAGAGGCUUCACUUCCCAUGCCAACAGGGCCUCCGCCUGCCUGGAACAGGACUCAGGCGCUCUUACAGAAGCCUGCAGCGGCUCUUCCAGGUAGUGCUUCUUUCUCGUUUUCACCAGGUGGAGGUGCCCGUGGUGAGAUGGGGGCUUCCCAGGAAUACCUCUUUGCAGAGGAUCAGGAAGGUGCUGCCCUCCCACAAGCAAGGGCUGGCGGGGGAGUGGCCUCAGAAAAGAGAGGAGGAGUUUCACCGACCGCAAGUGUUCCGGACUGGUGGGAGCUGCAGACCGAUAUCAGCGUGCAUGCCGGGAUUCCAGCCCAGCUGGCAGGUUCUUUAGACAACUGGCUAUCCCAUUAUAUUGCACAUUCAAACCAAUCGGUCUCGUAUGGGAAUAGUACCCGUCGCAGCCUUAAAAAUAACAGCAGCCAAUCAGUGCAAAGCACUGACCCUUCCAUAAUGCAUUUUGGGAUGGCAGUGGCUGAUUUAAAUAGGAACCAUACUGAUGCUGUUUCUAAUAUGAAUGCAACUAAUUCUGUGGAAUUUUUUUCUGCCAAUAAUUCUGAAUCUCUUGAGUUUGAUUUACUAACCUACACUAUGCAACUUUAUAACAAUGGUAGCGCAGGGUUUGCUUCCUUCUUUCCUGGAUUGACACUUACAGCGGGUCGCUGCUUGCCCUUCCCAGCCGAUCUGCCAUAUUGCAACAACCUGGGCAUAAGGCAUUUCAGAUUACCGAAUUAUUUCCAUCAUGGCAGUGACGUGGAAAUUCGGGCUGCUUUGCAUGAGUGGGAGGGGCUUCUGACAUCUCGGUGCCACCGCUACCUGGAAUGGUUUUUCUGCUUGCUGCUGGUCCCCGGGUGCAAUGCUUCUAUUCCGAUAACGCCCCCACCGUGCUGGGGGUUCUGUGAGGCCGUGAGAGAUCUGUGCUGGAUUCAUUUGAAAGAGGGGCGCCUCCCAAUAUCAUGUGACUCUCUCCCUGCAGAGGAUGCUGGGUAUUCUUGUGUGUUUGUAAAUGUGUCUGCAGAACAUUUCAGCACAGAAGUCAGUCUUUUGCAGCUGAUCGGAGAUCCCCCACCGGAGCAAAUAACCAAAGUCAAUGGCCCCGACAACACUCUCGCCUAUGUCUUCGGGCCGGAUGCCAACACCGGUCAAGUGGCCCGGUACCACCUGUCUAGCCCCUUUUAUAGAGACUUCUCACUCCUUUUCCAUGUUCAGCCCACCACCGACAAGGCCGGCGUGCUCUUUGCCAUCACAGAUGCCUCGCAGACGGUCAUCUAUGUUGGAGUGAAGCUCUCCGCAGUGCACGACAGGAAGCAACAGAUCAUCUUCUACUACACGGAGCCGGGCUCCGAGAGCUCGUAUGCAGCUGCAACAUUCUCCGUGCCUUCUCUAGCGAAUGAGUGGACUCGCUUUGCCAUCAGCGUGGAGGAUGACGAGGUGGUUCUGUACCUGAACUGUGAGGAGUUUCGCCGGGUUCGGUUUGAGCGCUCUCCCGAUGAGAUGGAACUGGAGGAUGGGUCUGGGCUCUUUGUGGCUCAGGCUGGAGGGGCUGAUCCAGAUAAAUACCAGGGGGUGAUUGCAGAUCUGAAAGUGACAGGUGAUCGCCAGGCAGCUGAUCUCCAGUGUGAGGAGCAGGACGAGGAUACUGAUGUGGCAUCUGGAGAUUUUGGAAGUGGAGUUGAAGAAAGGCCCCACCUAUCAGGAAGGGAACGGGGGACCCCGGCUGUGUCGCGGCUCCCGGAACCUCCCCCGGUCACUUCUCCCCCCACCGCUGGGGAGACAGUAGAGAAAGUAAGCGUGGGCUCUCAGCUGCAAACUGAGCAAAUCAAAGUGGAAGGACCACAGCAAGUUUCUACAGGAGCCACGGUUGGUUCAAAAGGUGAAAAAGGGGCCCCGGGAGAGAAAGGUGAACGUGGCCCAAAAGGGGACUCCGGAACCGGCGGGGUUCUAGCAGCCGGCGGCACCAAAGGCGACAAGGGAGAAAAAGGAGACCUGGGCGUUAAGGGAAGUGCAGGAUUUGGGUAUCCCGGCUCUAAGGGGCAGAAAGGGGAGCCAGGCGCCCAGGGAUCUCCUGGCCCGCCUGGGCCCCCUGGCUCUACGGUGCAGCGCCUGGACGGCUCUGUGGUGGAGCAGGUCACCGGGCCUCCAGGACCAACAGGUCCCCCAGGGCCGCCCGGGGAAGACGGCCUCCCUGGCAAGGACGGCGAGCCUGGUGAUCCUGGUGAAGAUGGGAAACCUGGUGACGUUGGGCCCCAGGGAUUCCCUGGAACUCCCGGAGAGCCUGGCCUCAAGGGGCAGAAGGGUGAGCCCGGAGUCGGCGCAAGAGGCCCCCCUGGACUGCCCGGACCGCCUGGGACACCAGGUCUCUCUUCCAAACAGGACAAGCUGACAUUCAUCGACAUGGAAGGCUCUGGGUUUGGAGGCGAUCUGGAAAGCUUCCGGGGCCCCCGAGGCCCACCAGGGCCCCCCGGGCCUCCUGGGGUGCCCGGCCUCCCAGGAGAGCCAGGAAGAUUUGGGAUGAACAGCACUGAGCUGCCAGGACCCCCCGGCCUCCCCGGCCUGCCAGGCAGAGAUGGUGUCCCCGGAGCCCAAGGCCCAUCAGGUCCUCCGGGUCCUCCAGGAAAAAGUGGGUUGGCCGGCCAGCCUGGGCUUCGAGGAGAACGGGGGGACCCAGGAGACCUAGGCCUCCCCGGAGCUCCUGGACCCAAGGGCGGUAAGGGCGAGAUGGGGCUGGCCGGAGCCCCAGGGGAAACCGGGCUGGCAGGCCUUCCUGGACCAAUGGGACCGCGAGGACCACCAGGUCCCCCAGGCCCUGCUGGACCUCCUGGGCCAGGCUACGAGGCCGGAUUUGGAGACAUGGAAGGCUCGGGAAUGCCGGUCCUUUCUGCCGUUCCUGGAGAGCGUGGUCCCGAAGGGCCACAGGGGCCACCGGGACUCCCCGGACUCAAGGGGGACGCUGGCAGCCCUGGGCUGCCUGGCUUGCCAGGACAAAAGGGGGACCACGGUGCUCCGGGAGUGGAUGGGCGCCCAGGGCUGGAAGGUUUCCCAGGACCUCAGGGACCCAAGGGUGACAAGGGCAGUCAGGGGGCUAAAGGUGAACGAGGCCAAGAUGGAGUGGGCUCCCCAGGCCCCCCCGGGCUCCCUGGACCCCCGGGGCAGGUCAUCUAUGCGUUGGGUGAAGAGAAAGCAUUAGCUAGUUUGCCAGGCCCUGAGGGCAGAGAAGGCCAUGCUGGCUUCCCGGGCCCAGUGGGACCUAAAGGAGACCCAGGAGACCCAGGUUUCCCAGGCACUCCAGGACCAAAGGGUGAGAAAGGAGAGCCUGGAGCGACCAUCGGCCCAGAUGGGACGGGCAUCUCAGCUGGCACGAAAGGAGACAAGGGUGAGCAGGGGCUGGUGGGACCCAUGGGCCCAGCAGGCCCGCAUGGACGACCUGGACAGAAGGGGGAAAUCGGCUUUCCUGGCAGACCGGGUCGUCCCAGCAUGAAUGGGCUGAAGGGCGAGAAAGGGGACCCCGGAGGGUUUGGCUUGCAGGGUCCUCCUGGUCCCCCCGGGCCCCCAGGCGCCCCUGGCAGUGCAGUGUCCGUCUACGACAAUAACGCAUUUAGUGAGUCGGGCCCUCCCGGCCCUCCAGGAUUGCCUGGCUACCAGGGUGCCCCAGGACAAAAGGGUGAACGAGGCGAGACAGGCACCCCCGGGCCCCCAGGCCAGUUCCCUUAUGAUCUCAACGAAUUUGGUUCCACCUUCCGGGGUGAAAAAGGAGAUCGGGGGGACGCUGGACUGAAAGGAGAGAAGGGGGAGCCCGGCGAGGGAGGACUGUAUGGACCAAGCGUCUCUGGACCUCCAGGUCCUCAGGGCUAUCCUGGCCUUCCGGGUCCCAAGGGGGACAGCAUUAGAGGCCUGCCUGGCCCCCCAGGGCCUCAGGGACCCCCUGGCAUUGGGUACGAGGGGCGGCAAGGUCCCCCUGGGCCUCCCGGGCCUCCUGGGCCCCCCUCCUUUCCAGGACCCCACAGACAAACUGUCAGCAUCCCUGGCCCACCUGGGCCACCAGGGCCACCGGGACCUCCAGGGACCAGCGGGUCGUUGACCUCUUCCGGGCUGCGGAUCUUGCCAGCAUAUGAGUCCAUGCUGAGCACGGCUCAGGAGGUGCCCGAGGGCUGGCUGAUCUUCGUACAGGACAGAGAAGAGCUGUACGUCCGGGUGCGGAGCGGCUUCCGGAGAGUCCGUCUGGAGGAACACACUUCCAUCUCCAGCCCCGGGCUGGACAAUGAAGUGUACGACAAGCCGCCAAGUGUCCACUACUCGCAUGGCGGCACUGCCUCCUCUGGCUUCCUGCACCCACGCCGAGAGCACAACCCCUCCUCCACAGCCCGGCCCUGGCGAGCGGACGACAGCAUCGCCAACCACCACCGCCUCCCCGACCACUCGCCCCACGGCGCCCAGCCCCAGCAAGAGCCAUUGGACAGCUUCUCCCCAAAUCGCCGGGGGGAGAGCGCCCCCUCUGCCAUUCACAGGCACCCUGACUUCCAACCCGCCCUCCACCUGGUGGCGCUGAACGCCCCGCUGAGCGGCAGCAUGCGUGGCAUCCGUGGAGCUGACUUCCAGUGCUUCCAGCAGGCCCGGGCAGUCGGGCUGAUGGGCACGUUCCGAGCCUUCCUGUCCUCCCGGCUGCAAGACCUGUACAGCAUUGUGCGCAGGGCCGACCGGAGCGGAGUGCCCAUCGUCAACCUCCAGGAUGAAGUGCUGUUUAACAACUGGGAGGCGCUGUUCUCGGGCACAGAGGCUCAGUUCCGAGCUGGUGUUCGCAUCCUCUCGUUUGACGGAAGAGAUGUACUGAGAGACUCUGCGUGGCCUCAGAAGAAUGUCUGGCAUGGCUCUGACGCCAAGGGCCACCGGCUCACAGAGAGCUACUGCGAGACAUGGAGGACGGACGAUGGCGUGGUGACAGGCCAAGCCUCUUCGCUGGCCUCGGGCAAGCUCCUGGAGCAGAAGGUGAGCAGCUGCCAGAACACCUUCAUCGUCCUGUGUAUUGAGAACAGCUUCAUGACCUCUUCCAAAAAGUGACCUG